GGUUUUCAUACGUUUUUCUGAUUUCGCUGCCGUCACAUCAUAAACGGCGAGACUGUUAACGGGCCGCGAAUUAUUUUUUGUUUUUGAAAAUUUACUGUUUUUAAUUAGGAAUUAAAUAAACAUAAAAUGAAAAAUUAUAUGUUAAUAUUGUUGUUGGUGCUGCCCACCAUUAUUUGCACAUUUAAUGCACCCAACAAAUUCUCAGCUUUUGCUGAAGAUGCCGUUGAGGAAGACAUUGUUGAAGCUGAUGGUGAAGAUGGUGCUGUUACUGGUGAAGAUGUUGAAACGGACGAAGACUCUGAUGGAACACAAUCAACCUCUCCCUAUGCCGAUACGAUUUUGCUGUUCACCAAGCCCACUUAUACUCCCGGCCAACAAAUGGAUCUACCCGGAGGCAAACCCGUUGAAUUCUUGAUUGGCUUCACCAACAAGGGUCCCAAUGACUUUGUUGUUGAAACUGUAGAGGCUUCUUUCCGUUACCCCAUGGACUUUAACUACUACAUCCAAAACUUCUCUGCUGUUGCCUACAACCGUGAAGUAAAGUCUGGUCUUGAAGCCACCAUUUCUUACUCGUUUAUGCCUUCCGAUCAAUUUGCUGGCCGUCCUUUCGGUUUGAACAUUGCCAUGAACUACCGCGACUCCAACGGUGUCCAAUACAUGGAAUCUGUUUUUAACGAAACUGUUUUGAUUUCCGAAGUUGAUGAAGGUUUAGAUGGUGAAACCUUCUUCCUGUACGUCUUGAUGGCCGGUAUCGUUGUUUUGUUGUUGGUUGUCGGUCAACAAUACUUGUUGGGCUCUUCCGGUAAACGUAAGCGCACCACUACCAAGAAGACCAUCGAAACUGGUACUGCCAACGAUAACUCCAUCGACUACGAAUGGUUGCCUCAAGAAACUUUAAGAGCUUUGCAAAAAUCUUCCCCAAAAUCGAAAACACCUAAAACCUCACCUAAACCCAGCAAACAAAGCAGCCCUAAACAAUCGCAGAGUCCUAAACCCAAGAAGGCUGUUAAACAACAAUAAGAUUUUUCACUUUCACUUCAUUUUUUAAUUUAUCAUUAUUAAUAUAUUUUCAUUUUUGAAAAAUCCAACUUUACCACUAUUGCCCCACACCAACCAACCCUCCAAAUGUUUGAGAUUUUUUUACCGGGGAGAGAGCGUUAUGGGUUUUUCCCUUCACAACCUAUUUACGCCAUCUAGAAAGGACUUUUAUCAGAUUUUUGUAUAAUUUUAAGUAAUUUUUUAUAUUGUCUUCAUUUUGGGAAGACUCCUCCCUGAUUAUAGAAAAUUUGAUAAAAGUCUAUUCAUCAUAACGCUGGUUGUUAUUAUGUCUUAUUUUUUUUCGUGUUAGAAGUGUAAUUUAAACGAGUUUAAAGUCUUGAAUACUAUAUUUCAUAUUGUAAGUCAAAUUGAAUACUUGACAUUCUAUUAAAACAUAAAUUAGUUUACUUUUUUUAUAAUAAAAAAAACUUGUAAAAAUUUAAA